CGCCGAAUCCCGUACUAUCGCCCACGCCUUAUCUCACGACCACCAUGCAGAAGCCCACGCUCCAGAACGUCCACAUUCGCUCUGCAGACGACGCGCACAAGGUCUUCUAUGCCGUCCAGCUUGGCCUCCUGCCCAAGAUCGAGAAACGCCUCGACGCACACGAGCGUCAGGCGCUCCGCCCAGGCGAUGUGUACGUGUGGGAGAAGAAGGGUCCGACCGGGGAUGCGUUCAGCGUCGGAAUGGAGCGCUUCACCGAGGGCAAAUCAUGGACCGCUUCGCGUGUGCGGGAGGACUUUCUCAUGUACUUCGAGAACGUCAAGAAGACAAAGGGCCGCGGCGGCCAGCGCGCAAAGGCGUCCGAGAACAUGAUCGUCAGGCCGGGGGAGCACGACCAGUUCAUCAAACAGACGUACUCCGUCUACCGCAAUGAUCCCGAAGGCGACCCACAGGCGGAUUCCCCCGACGAGAAACCGAAGGAACCUCGGAAGUGGCAUCUUAAUGCGUACUUUACCAAGCUCACCGAAGGUCAGCUGCAGACCAUUGACGACAUCCCCGAGCUUCGCAAUCUCGUCGUUCCCGACGGUGCCUUUAGGAGCGCGCGCACGAGCAAGGCCGGCAAGAAGGGCGAGCCGUCGAAACCGUCCGGCUCGGGCACGAAGCGCACAUUCGCGCCGUUCCCCUCGAACUACCGUGCGCACCAGCAGCAGCCGUCGGCCGCGUCGUAUGAGCCACAACCCGGCCCGUCGACCGCCGUCGACCCGUUCUCGCCCUCGACGUCCGCCAUGGCGUACCCGCAGCCGGCCUGGCCAGACGCGUCGGCGAUCGCCAUUGCGCCUGCCCACACGGCCGCACCCGUGCAGCCCUCCGCCCUGUAUACCCAGCCCCUCCAGAUGCCUCCGGCGCUGCGCCCCGUGGUGCUUCCCGACGCCGGCGACGCCGUGCAGAGCCCGCCGCCCCCCGAGGUGCUCAAUGUAUAUACCCCUGCGCCCAUCUCAGCACAGCUCGGCUACUCCUCCGAGCCAAACUACGAGUACAUCUCCGCCUCGACGCCCGUCACGCGAGCGACACACUCGGAGUAUUCCUUGUCGCCGUCCCUCUCAGACCACUCGUCAUCCUCGUGGCGCUCGGUAGCGUCCCCCAUGAGCCCCUCCCCGUUCUCCAGUUCCUCAAAUUGCUCCCUCUCACCCAUGAUAUCCUCCAUCGAGUUCCCUUUGUUGGACAAUGGCGUGAUGGGCCCGCCAUGCGCUCCGGAUGGCGCGUGCGCCUUUGGGCCCAAGUGGCCCCGCGCGCGCGCGCUCGAUCAGCGUGCAGGGCAGGGAAGCCAGACGCGGCUUGACAGCCACGACCCGCAGGACCCGGGGGGGCGGUACUGCAUCCUAUUUGCAUUAGGCCUCGCGGAGGGUCUGGGAGUGCACGAGGACGGGCAGAAGAUCCGGCCUGGAUCGACGCCGUGGCGGGAUCGCCACGAGGGGCGAGGGACGCAGGAGACGGCGGCAGCCUCGGCUUCGCAGCGUCCGCUCUACCUGCUGCACCCGCACCAUUCAGUGCCAGAGAUUGUGUCCGAGUCCGGGCUGCGCCAGGAACGCCACUCAGGGCCUGACCCGAAAAUACCGAGCGCCAUUCAUCAGAAAGAACCGUGCCGGCCAAUGCAACCGUCGCCGCAGAUGCGCCUGGCGGGAACGUAUGCAAUGCUGCCCGCGUUCCUGGCGCGUUCGGGGGAAGUAGCAGGACUGUAUGGUGGACCAACAGAGGACCAAUUGCUGUCCACUUUUCAUAUACGGCGGAGAUAUGCUGGCCGCCAUCGAGGGCUGGCACAUCAUUAUUAUGUACGGCUGUGA